AUGAUUCAUGGCAGCGGACACGAAAACCUGGACGGGGAGAAAGGGUCGGACGGUGGGGAAAUGAGAGACGGCGCGUCUAAUAUGAGACGAGCGGCCACAGAUCUGCCACGUACCAAGUCGCCGUACACGCGGCGGUCCGCGUAUCUGACGGCCCGGCAACGCGCGGCCGUGGCGUCGAGAUUUUACAACGAGCUGAAGCGGAACACGCUAGUGGGCGAGGAUUACAAAGUGCAGAUUCACACGGAUAACUUCCCUCGGGAACUCCAGGAGGAGUUUCUGCACAUGUUCGCGCAGCCGCAGGACCAGGCGGGGCGCGAGGGCGAGAUUAUUGCGCCGCGCGCGGCGGAGAGCGUGGGGAAGCUGAACAUCUGCAUACUGAUCGUGGGGACCCGCGGGGACGUGCAACCGUUCAUCGCCAUUGGUCAGAAGCUGAAGAGCUACGGGCACCGAGUGCGGCUGGCGUCGCACAGCAACUACCGUGACUUUGUCAUCGCGGGCGGGCUCGAGUUCUACCCCCUGGGCGGCGAUCCCAAGGUGCUCGCUGAAUACAUGGUGAAGAACAAGGGCUUCCUGCCUUCGAGCCGGGCGGAGGUGCUGCAGCAGCGCAAGCAGCUCAAGUCAAUCAUCUUCUCCACCUGGCCCGCCUGCACCCAGCCCGACCUCGCCAGCAACGGCGCCCCCUUCCGCGCCGAUGCCAUCAUUGCCAACCCUCCUGUGUAUGGUCACACCACAGUGGCAGAAGCGCUGCAAGUGCCCCUGCACAUGUUCUUCACCAUGCCAUGGAGACACACCAUUAUUCUCAAGCAUCCACCCACACACCCGUCAUGCCAUUCCGUUCCCCACCCCUUGUUCCCUGACUGUACUGGCAGCAUGACGACAGAGUACCCUCAUCCCCUGGCUGGCGAAAUGCCCGCCUACACAGGCUAUGAGAACCAGCUGUCAUACGUGGUGGUGGAGGGGCUAAUGUGGCUGGGCGUGAGGGACUUCAUCAACAGUUUCCGCAAGAAGCUCAAGCUGCCGCCCAUCCCUCUGCGCAACCGCCCCAAGAUGCGCAUCCCCUUCGGCUACAUCUGGAGCCCCACGCUCGCCCCCAAACCCCACGACUGGGGAAACCUGAUAGACGUGGUAGGCUUCUGUUUCCUGAACCUGGCAGACCACUACUCGGCCCCAGCGCACAUCCAGCAAUGGCUUGACUCUGGCCCGGCCCCCGUCUUCAUUGGCUUUGGCAGCCUGCCGGUAUCAGACCCCAAGGGUCUGACUCAGAAGUUUGUGGAGGCACUGCAGCGCACGGGGCAGCGGGGGAUACUGCAGGAGGGCUGGGGGGGGCUGGGCAAGAUGGAAACACCCAACGAGAACUUGCUGGUGAUUGGCAACUGCCCGCACGACUGGCUCUUCCCGCGCUGCAGAGCGGUGAUACAUCAUGGCGGCGCGGGCACCACUGCUGCCGGGCUCAAGGCCGCGUGCCCCACCACCGUCAUCCCGUUUUUUGGCGACCAGCCCUUCUGGGGGGCGCGCGUGCAUGCAGCGGGGGUGGGUCCAGAGCCCAUCCCCAUCGGCUCACUCACACUCGACAAGAUUGUUGCAGCAAUCGAGUUCAUGAUCCGAGACGAGGUGGUGGCAGCAGCUAAGGAGCUGGCGGGCAAGAUAGCCAAAGAGGACGGGGUGGAUGGGGCAGUGGAGGCGUUUCACAAGCACCUGCCACCGGGGUACCACACCCAGGAGCACUGCACGCCGUGGCUUGAGGCAUCCCCUGGUGAAGCUGUAGCUGGAGGCCUCCCCUGGUGCGGACCACGGCUCGGACUGUACUUGCUGGACGUGGAGCUGCGGGGCGGGGAUGCUGUGAAGUGGAAGAAGAGGACAAAAGAGCUGACAAAAAUCUGGGAGCUGGUGCGUGGGUGA